GCAACAGGUAUCUUGCGUAAACAUGAUAAACAACAUGAUCGAUUUUAGGAUAAGGAGUUUUUGUUUUGGUCAUCACUACAGUGGAAUGUGAGGGACUUAAAUGUACGAAUAUACUUAAAAGUCUUAUAGAGAUUGUUUUAUUCUGGAAUAUAUCUUCCUUGUACAUUGUUAUAAGUUCUUUUAGUAUAAAGGAUAGUGUGCAACAUACAUUCAGGUACUUGAAAUAAAAUGGCGUAUCAAGCAGGUUACGACCAACCGGAGAAUAGAUACCUGAGAAAGUAUCCUAAUUUCGGUAAGGAUGAAUUACCCUCUUACCAAUCUUUAGGAACACAGCAACAGUCUGGUUCUGGGCAGCCGCCAUCCUACGAGUCAGCAACUUACGUGGUUUCUCGUCAACCACAACAAGGUGGAACAGUGAUUUAUCGAAGUCGGCCUCCUGACUACCUGAUACCUUCAAUUAUUGCCUGUUUGUUUUGCUUCUGGCCUACAGGGCUAUGUGCUGUCGUCUACGCAAAAGAGGCUAACGAUAAGGCAGUUGCUGGUGAUUUCCGUGGGGCCGAAAGGAUGGCCACCAAAGCCAGGAACAUGCUGGUAUCCAGUGUUGUUAUAGGAGCAAUCAUUUGGAUUUCGUCUGGAAUAAUUACAUAUUUUCUCAUUUACAACAUCGAGAAAAACGGUUCUGGUUUUUAACAGGUCAUUUUGUCGUUCACAAGAUUAUCGUUUUCUGAAACAAGAAUUACUACUAGCUUGGUCUUGUGAAUAUAGCCAUGAUAAUAUUUACAAAUUUCUAAGUCAUAAAUAAAAUAUUGUUCUGUGUAGACUUUGAUUGAGGCGGUGAUAUGUAACAUAUCUAAGUAUAUAUAUAUAUAUAUAUAUAUAUAUAUAUAUAUAUAUAUAUAUAUAUAUAUAUAUAUAUAUAUAUAUAUAUAUAUAAGUUGAUUAUAGUACCAGCUAAAUGUUCAAUAUAUUUCGCAAAUGGACGGGUAUCUUACACUAUUCUUCUGGAAAGUUAAAAUUCAUUUCAGUUCGGAGUACAUUAUGCAUUGAUAUUUAAAGUUAAUGUUUACAGCUGAAGUUUUACACCAACAGAAUAUUUCAAUAAAACAUAAUCCCAUCA